AUGAAGUUUUACCUGGUGCUGCUGUUGCUGCUGCCGCUCUGCUCAGCUGAGCAGUUUCACAUCCAGUGCUAUGGUGAGGACUUCCUGAUGGUCAGGAACCUGCUGCUGGCUUGCACCAGCAAAGUCAAACAGGCCUGCUACACCAGAGAUAACGGAGAAAAAGGCUGCACUCGGCUGGAGAACUGUUCUCUUCCCAAGUGGAACUGCUGCCACACCAACGGCUGCAAUGCAUGA